ACCUGUCCCCUCACCCAGCUUGCCUACCUGCCUCCCUCCUCCCAGGUGUCCCGUCCCUGACGUAUUGUGGGUGUCUCACCUGGCCAACUCCACACCAGGAAAUACCUUCACCCCCCCAUAAGACUACACUGCUUCUGACCUCUGACCCCUGCACCUUGAACCCAGCACAGGGGAGAAGAAUAUGGAGUGAUCAUGGACUCGGAAGGAGGGUGCAAGACAGUACAGGAGGAUGAGAGGUGCCAUCUCGGCAGAGGCAGGAGUGUCACACAUCAACAAAAUAUAGUUCUACCAAGCCAGGGCGCUGCAGAGACUUCUGGAAGAGAUGAAACAAUCAUAGACUCUACAGACUUUCUCUUGGAUACUAAUGGGCGGGGUAUUGAGAGUAACCUUGUGGGCAACAUAGGAAUACUAAAUACAGUAACUAGAAAUUAUGAAGUCCAGGCCACCAGCCAGCCACGUGAGCUCCACCUAACCAGAGAUAUCACCUGCCAGCCAUGUGAGCUCUCUCCAAACAGUGAUUUAAGAGAAAAUGUAAACACUAAAAGUUAUCUAGACAACCUGGAGAUGGUCUGUGGUGAAACAGAGCUAGGCAAUGAGGAAGAAAAGACUGUUAACAAAGACACAGUGAAAGUCCUGAUGGAACCACAGAGUGUUCUUGAGACAGAUAGUGAGGAGAGUGAAGAUUGGGAGACAGCCAGUGAGGAGAAUUUUACUUUUGGGGAUGAAACAGAGGCUAUAAAUAUAGAGCCUGCAAGUGCUGAGUUAGCGAGAGCCAGUGAGGAAUGUAAAGAAGACACUAUAAUGAAACAGUCCAAGAUUAGUGAGGCAUCCAUUGAACAGACAAAUAAAGCCAGAGUGGAGACUGAUUGUGAGGAUAACAGUACUUCUCAGAGUAAUUAUAAUGAAACAGAGACUGUCCAUAAAGAGACCAUUUGGGAGGUUACUAAGGCUGACUGUGAAGGCACAGUUGACGUUGACAGCAGAGAGACAGCCAGGGAUGUAACUGAAGCUCACAGUAAGGAGACAGUCAAGGAGGUUAUCAAAGCUGACCGCAAGAACACAACUGGGGAGGUUACCGAGGUUCAAAGCAAAGAUAUAGCCAGGGAGAUGACCAAAGAAGAUAAAAAAGAGACCGUUAAGGAGAUGGCUGGAGAUUAUUGCAAGAACACCAUCAAGGAAGUGAUGGGGGAUGACAGCAUGGAGACAACCAAGGAAAUGACAGUGGCUGGCAGCAACGAGACAUCAACGCAAGUCACCAGAGAAGAUGGCAAGCAGACAUCCGAAGAAGUGAUCGAGGCUGGCGGCCAAGAGGCAUCGGAGGAAGUGAUCGAGGCUGGCGGCCAAGAGGCAUCGGAGGAAGUGAUCGAGGCUGGCGGCCAAGAGGCAUCGGAGGAAGUGAUCGAGGCUGGCGGCCAAGAGGCAUCGGAGGAAGUGAUCGAGGCUGGCGGCCAAGAGGCAUCGGAGGAAGUGAUCGAGGCUGGCGGCCAAGAGGCAUCGGAGGAAGUGAUCGAGGCUGGCGGCCAAGAGGCAUCGGAGGAAGUGAUCGAGGCUGGCGGCCAAGAGGCACCGGAGGAAGUGAUCGAGGCUGGCGGCCAAGAGGCACCGGAGGAAGUGAUCGAGGCUGGCGGCCAAGAGGCACCGGAGGAAGUGAUCGAGGCUGGCGGCCAAGAGGCACCGGAGGAAGUGAUCGAGGCUGGCGGCCAAGAGGCACCGGAGGAAGUGAUCGAGGCUGGCGGCCAUGAUAACAAAGAGACGGUUUGGAACAAGAUUGGUGAUAAACAUAGAGACAGGAAAGUGACUGAGGUUGAUGGUAAAAUUAUAGUUGGGGAAGAGAUUGAGGCUUGCCAUCAAGGGACCAUUAGAGAUGAAGGUGACAUGAAAGAGACUGUUGAGGAGGAUGAAUCAGAUGUUAAGGAGACAGUUGGGGAGCAGGUCAAGGUUAAAAGUACAGACAUAGGCAAAGAAGAGACCAAGACUGACGGUAAAGGCGCCAUUGCAAGGGAAAGUGAAACUUAUAGAAAAGAAGCAACUAAUAGGAAUGAGAAUGAUCAUCAAAAGACAGUCGAGCUGGAGGAAGAAGUUGACAACAAAGAGAAUGAUGUUUAUUGUAAUGAGACAAAAGUCCUCUGUAUAGAGGUUGUCCAUAGAAAAACAGAAGGUGGACAGAGAGAGAUCCUCUCUGAGUUCAAGGAGACGGUCAAAGGGAACACACAAACUGACUGUAAAAAGGAAGUUGGCCAUGAGACUGCAGCUGAGAACAAAGAGACAAUUAGUGAAGAGGCCAAUAGCAAACAAACUGUUAAUCAGUAUUCAAUUUGUGACAUUAAGACUGCUGGCAGUGAGGAUCUUGACAGUAGAGAGACAGACCAGGACAGAGACACACUUUGCACAGAGACAAGUUCUGAUGACAUAAAGAAAGAAGAGGUGAUUAGUGAAGACAUACAGACUGUAAUUGAAGUAAAUAUGGUACAGUCUGGUAUAUUAACAGAACUGAGACAGGCCAGCAAUGAAAAAAAUGAGCAGGUCUUACAAGAAACAUCUCACCAGGAAUUAGAUUUGGAGGUUAGUGCAGAAGAAUGGGAAAUAAAAGAUGAAUAUGGAGAUUAUCUGGUUGUUGCAGAGAGUGUAGACCCUGGAAAUAAAAGUCCAAUUGAGACUUCAGCAGAGGUCCCUGAUACUGUGUGGAGACCAGGAGAUGAACUUAAUGAAGACUUUAUAAGUGAAAGAAAGCUGGAUUUAGUGUUGGCGGAGACACAAAGUGGUGAUAAAGAGAUAGACAUGGAGGUUACUGAAAGUGAUGCAGUCAUUCAAAACAGAGAAAUGCAUACUGAAGAGGUCCGAGAUGAAAGCAAAAAACAAACUUCAAAUGGAGAGAGGGACAAAACAGAAAACGAGGUUUUAUUUGAAAAUGAGCAAAAAACGUUUUUGAUGGGGCUAAGAAAAUUAGCAGAUAAGACUGACCAGCAGACUCAAAAUGCUGCAAGUGAGGGAGCCAUUUAUAGCUCAGACUCUGCUAAUUUGGGAAAGUUGGAAGAGUUUGUAUCGUCUGAUCUCCGUUCUCAGUCUCCUACUCCUGAGAGCAAUGUGCUUGAAAAAACACAAAAAGGGGAUGUUGUACUAUGGUAUUCUGAUGGACAGUCUGUAAGUGUGGCUCAGUCCCCAAACUUUAUCAAUGUAGAAGAAAUUAAGCUGAAUCCAGAAAAUCUACAAGUGAACCUGGAGGGAAACAUGCACACAUCUGGGGUGGUUCAAAGCAGUCAAACCUGUAAAAGUAUGUUUCAGGUUCUAGGAGAUAUUUCCCAGGAUGUUGGUACAUCAAUUGAAGGUACAAUGUUGCAUCCUAUAUUAGAGGACACACACAAUACAUAUUUACAACCAGAAUACCAGACUGGCUUGAAACAGAUUGAAGAAAUGUUUUCCCAAAAGACGAUGGGCAGCAUCACUCAUCAGCAUCAUAUGUCAAAUGAAAAUGUCUAUCACAAACCUAAUGAAGGCAAUGUUGUAAAGAUAAAGGAUAUAGAGACAUGUAAAACACAAAAUGUUCUUCUAAGUCAGGAGAAUAAUUCAUACCGCGGCAAUGAACUGGAGGUAGAAAGUGGCCACCUUCAAUUUGGUGUUGAUAGUGAGUGUCCUAUCACAAAUGAUACAACCCAGAGUCUAAAACAUCCUGACAAUAUUUUGAAUUUUCCUGCUCUACAGACCACCGAUUUACAGUCAGCUGUAACCAACAGGGAAGUGGUGAAAACCAUAGGAAGUCCUAUUUUCAGUACCAAUAUUGCUAAUGCGGAUGGUAGUACUGUUAAAGAACCCAAUGCUGACAAUACAGCUAGGGAUCCAUUAUCAAGAACUAAGUUCACUUUCUGUCCCAUACAGAUAUUUAACCCAACACUACUUCUCAGUCAUAGUCCAGAGGAACCUGGAUUUUACUCAGAAGGACACGUCACAGAGGGGCUGAAGGAUCUUGCCAAAUAUGCAAUUGGAUCUCUACCUGAAGAGGAAAGCCAAAAUCCACUGACAACGAGACAGUUUAGUAAUUAUCCCAGUGAAUCUGGUGAAACCAGUGAUUCUGAUGAAAGCACUUCCAUAAAACAACCCAAAGGUCAGUAUGUUUCUCCUUUGUGGCUGCCUCCUCGUCCUUCCCGCUAUGUGGCUAAUUCUGAGGAAUCUUCCGAAAGAAGGCAUUAUCCACAAGCUAGGCCAGCAGAAAGCUCUUUGGUGAGGAGAGCCACUGUAAGACACAAAAGGAACAGCUAUGUAGAUCCCAAUCAGCCUUACAAGCGAUUUGGUCCUGUAAAUCCUCCUACCGCGCCACUUAAUUCACAAGAAACCAGAAGCAAUAGUGAACUACAGUCUGGGCCCAAGAGUUCACCACAAACUGGGACUCUGAUCCGACAGUCCAAGAUUUCAGAAGAUGCACCGUCUGUACUUGGGUAUCCCAGGAACAAAGCCCCCAUGGACAUGUUAAAUGAGGAAGAUUCUGUUGUAAAGGAAACGAGGCCAAGAUUCUCGGAGUCUGUUGUCCAAAGAGAGAAAAAAUCCAGGGUCCUGAAUCCUCUAUCCGAAGCCACGUGGGAUUUCCAGAGACGCCAGUCAAAGCUCAUCAACAACUCCAACCUCCUGUACCAGGAAUACAGUGAUGUGGCUCAAAACCAAGAAAUCCUGAGACAGAAACCUCAGAACUCUCCAUCAGAAGAAAAGGAUCCUGGAUCCCCCAGGCUGCGACGCCGUGCACUGUCUUCCCAAGACUCCUACCUACAGCGUCUGUCUGUGUCUUCGGCUGACUCACUCUGGCAGGACAUCCCUGUGAUACGGGGUAGCUCAACCUUACUUUCCAUGACCCGCGAUGAGCAGAAACUGCAAGAGGCAAAGUUUGAACUGAUCAUGUCGGAGGCGCUCUAUUUGCGCAGCCUGAACAUCGCCGUUGAUCACUUUCAGCGUAACCCAGAGCUGCAAGAGGUUCUCAGCGCUCAGGAUCGCCAGUGGCUGUUCUCCCGUCUUACUGAAGUGCGAGAAGCCAGUUCUGACUUCCUGUUUGACCUGGAAGAGGAAUUUGAGAGCGAUAUGUACAACUUCCAGGUGUGUAACGUGGUGAUAAUCCAUGUUCCAAAUUUUCGCAAAGUCUACCUGCCAUACGUCACCAACCAGAGCUACCAGGAAACGACCUACCAGCGGUUGCUGAGCAGGAAUCCGCGGUUCCAGCAGGUUUUGUCAAGAUUGGAGAGUCAUGCUGUUUGCCAGAGACUGAGCCUGAAAUCCUUCCUUAUUCUGCCUUUCCAGAGAAUAACGCGACUUCGACUCCUGCUGCAGAAUGUAUUAAAACGUUCUGCCCCUGGCUCUAACGAGGAGUUACAGGCCACAGAAGCUCACAAUGCUCUGGAAGAGCUUAUACGGGAUUGCAACCAGAGUGUUCAGAGGAUGAAGGACACCGAGGAUCUGAUACUUCUUAAUAAGAAGAUUCAGUUUGAAUGCAAGAUAUUUCCCCUCAUCUCCCAGUCUCGCCGGCUGGUAAAACACGGGGAGGUCUCUCUUUUGGAAAUCCAUGCUUUCUCUAUCAAAUGGAAGAUGACCGCUAGACCUGUCUACUUGCAUCUCUUUAAUGACUGUCUCAUGCUGUCUCGCUUGAGAGAUAAUAGCCGUUUUGUGGUGUUUGAUCAUGCCUUGUCGUCGGAUAUUCGCGUGGAAAGGUGUGAGAUGAAAAUACACGGACCUCAGAAGAAUUCAUUCCGCAUCUUCCUAAGAGAAAAUGCUGCUGGGACUCGUGACACCACUUCCGUGGGACGAGAGAGUUCUGGAGAUGGCAAAGAGACUGAAUAUAUCUUCCGUACAGAAACCCAGAGCCAGAAACUGAGGUGGGUCAUGGCUCUCUCACCCCCAAAGGAGGAGACAGACGUUCUAAAGUAUCAUGGCCUUUCCCAGAUGCAGUGUUUAAAGUCCUACAAAGCACGAGAAAAUGAUGAGCUUUCACUGGAGAAAGCUGAAGUUAUUUUGGUGACGCAGGAAUGCGAGGACGGAUGGCUUCACGGCGUACGUCUCUCAGACAUGCAGUCUGGAUGGUUUCCUCGUUCCCACGUCCAGCCCAUCAGCCGCAAUGCAUGUCUCCGGAAUCUGCAAGAAGAACAGAGGCUUCAGACGGCACGGGCCAAACUGCAGCCAUCUGGCACAAAGUGAUUAUGGUAGACAUUUCAACAGACCUGCUGCCUAAUGUGUCUCCAUCUUCCUCCCAUAGCUACCACGCUGUCCCUGUUAUUAUAAGUCAUUUACCUCUUGUGCCUUUCUGCUGUUCCGAUAUGAUGAUUUAAGAUAUUCUUAACUGGAUUGUACAUUUUACAUCUGUUCUAUGAAGAACUUCAGCGAUUAUGUAUUUAUAUUUUAAUAAAAAUCAGACUUUACGUACCUUUUGUCAAUGUAUGCUGCAGAUCUUGUGGGUAAUCUGCUGUUUUGCAAUGUAGACUGAAAACUUACUAAAUUCAACUUUAUUUA